ACACGAUCGAAAACAAUGUCUUUGGUGCCGGCUCCUCGAUCUAACGGAUCGCUCUUCGCGGAGGUUGACAUGGAUGGCGACGCUUCUGCCGCCAUCACAGCCACUGUUCGAGCAACCUUAGUCCAAGCGUCGACCGUUUUCUACGACACUCCCGCCACUCUAGAUAAGGCGGAGAGGUUGUUGGCUGAAGCGGCGGAAUACGGAUCUCAGCUGGUGGUGUUCCCUGAAGCGUUCGUCGGAGGGUAUCCACUUGGUUCGAAUUUCGGUGUUACGAUUGGGAACCGUAGUCAUAAAGGGAAGGAACAGUUCCGAAAGUAUCAUGCUUCUGCCAUUAACGUACCCGGUCCUGAAGUUGAGCGCUUGGCAGCCAUGGCUGGAAAGUAUAAGGUGUACUUGGUGACGGGAGUGAUCGAGAGAGACAGAUAUACCUUAUAUUGCACGGUUCUGUUUUUCAAUUCGCAAGGACGGUUCCUCAGGAAACAUCCGAAGAUCUUGCCUACGGCGUUGGAGCGUCUAAUUUGGGGACACGGGGAUGGGUCGACGAUUCCGGUUUUCGAGACUCCGAUCGGGAAAAUAGGCGCGGCCAUUUGUUUGGAAAAUAGAAUGCCACUUCUAAGGACUGCAAUGUAUGCAAAAGGUUGGAUUUUUGAAAUGCCACUUCUAAGGACUGCAAUGUAUGCAAAAGGUAUUGAAAUAUACUGUGCACCUAAUGCUGAUUCCAGGGAUGUGUGGCAAGCAUCGAUGACACAUAUUGCUCUCGAGGGAUGUGUGGUAGGGCCGACUACCCGCCUUCUCCAGAAUUUAUGUUUCGCGGGACCGAAGGCGAGCUCACCCCACAUUCUGUCGUCUAUGCUGGAGGGUGUCAUAAUAUCACCAUCUGGUGCUAUUCUGGCAGGGCCCCAUUAUGAAGGGGAGCCAUUCUAGAUUUGUACAGUAUGU